AUGGAUAAACAAAUCCUUAUCGUUGGAUUAACUUGUGUUGAUAUCAUCAAUUAUGCCGAAAGCUUUCCAAUUGAGGACAGUGAUUCUCGAGUAUUAGAACAGAUUUGGUCAGCUGGAGGCAAUGCUACAAAUAAUGUCGUCGUUUUAAAUCAGCUCAAUUCUCAUUCGAUACUAUUUUCAGCAAUUCCAAUCAAUUGCUCUAUUAUUACUUCAUUAUUAACCAAAGUUGGUAUUUCAUCGAAACAUUGUGUUCAUCGUUUGAAUGGUGAUUUGCCGACAUCAACAGUUAUUGUUAAUGAAAGGACCGGCUCCAGAACAAUUCUACAUUACAGGGGACAGUUGCAAGAACCAAAUUGCGAAGAAUUUCAACUUGCUUUUCCAGAUAUUAGCAUUUUUUCUUGGAUACAUUUUGAAGGAAGAAAUUUUGAAAAUCUUAUCACAAUGAUAAAGUAUGUUCUCGUGUCGAGACAAAAUAAUGAAAAGCCAAAAUUAUCGUUGGAAUGUGAGAAGGUUCGAGAUUUUGAAACUCUUGAAAAUGCUAUACCGCUUGUAGAUGUUGUCUUUGUGUCGAAAGAUUUUGCAAGGAAGAAAGGUUUCCGGAAUAAGGAAGAAGCUGUAAUUGGUAUACAACAAAAAUACGGUGCAUCACAUGCUAUCGUAAUUUGCCCCUGGGCAGAACAGGGUGCAGCUGCUCGACAUACUACGAAUGGAGAGCUUAUAUCAGUUGAUGCUUAUAUGGAAGCUGGACCAGCUAUUGAUACCCUUGGGGCUGGGGACUGUUUUAUCGCAUGUUGUAUACAUUUCCUCAAUGAGGGUAAUAGUUUGAGGGAUGUAUUAGUAAAAGCUUGCCGAAUUACGGGCAAAAAAGUAGCCAAACGAGGAUUGCUUGGAUUGGAUGUAAGCUAA